AUGGCCACCACGACACAACUCUCGGACGAGACUUCACUUCAGACAGAACCAAACGAGAUCACACUGAUAAAGCGAUUUUCACCAAAGGAAGUGGCAGAGCACAACAGCCUAGAAGACAUCUGGAUCAUUGUGGAUGGCGGUGUUUACGACCUUACGAAAUUUUUGAGCGAGCAUCCGGGCGGGAAAAAAAUUCUUCAAGGAGUCGCUGGAAAGGAUGCUUCCAAGAAGUUUCACAAGUACCAUCGUAAGACGACUCUUGCUGAAUAUAAUCGGCUACGCAUAGGCGAUCUGGGUAGCGGAAAGAAGAAAGCCAUAUUUUUCGGGUUGAAAUUAGGAAAUUCUUGA